AACAAGCUCAAGAACGCGAGAGAGAGAGAGAGAGAGGUUGGAGCUUGGAGCAAUGGUGAAGGCGAUGAUGAGGCUAAGCAUGCCUCAAUGUUGUCGAUUUCUUCUUCAUUGUUCUCCUGCUCGUCCUCCCAUUGCGUUGAGAAGGUGUGCCAUUUCUAAGAGAAGUUGUUCCGCUUCGGCUUCAAGCCAUCAGAUAAGGUCGGAGGUAUCUAUCUCUUUUGGAACUCAUCUCAUUCCACAUCCAAGUAAGGCUGAUAAAGGUGGUGAGGAUGCUUUCUUUGUGAGCAAUUACAAUGGUGGAGUUUUUGCCAUUGCUGAUGGUGUUUCAGGAUGGGCAGUCCGAAAUGUCAAUCCUGCACUAUUUUCUCAGGAAUUAAUGGCCAAUGCUUCAUGUCUAGUCAUGGAUCAUGAGGUCAAUUACAAUCCCCAAAUUCUCUUGGGGAAGGCACAUGCUGCAACUUCUUCCAUAGGGUCAGCUACUGCCAUUGUUGCUAUGCUGGAGAAGAAUGGGACUUUAAAACUUGCAAAUGUUGGAGAUUGUGGACUCCGUGUUCUCCGGAAAGGCGAUGUGAUUUUCUCUACCACACCACAAGAACACUAUUUUGAUUGCCCCUACCAGUUAAGCUCUCAGAUAAUUGGACAGACUUACAGAGAUGCAGUGGUUUCCAAUGUGGAUUUACUGGAAGGAGAUAUGAUCGUUGUUGGCUCAGAUGGCCUUUUUGAUAAUGUCUUCGAUCAUGAAAUUGUUUCCACAAUAUCCAGAUUCAACACUGCAGUAGAAGCCGGUAAGUUUCCCGCUGAUCUUGCAUGCAAUCAUUCAAUGGAUGCUAACUUCGAUUCACCCUACUCCCUCGAAGCCAGAAACAAGGACUUUGAUGUGCCGUUCUGGAAGAAAAUACUCGGAAAGAAACUUAUCGGUGGUAAACCAGAUGAUAUUACUGUGAUUGUGGGCCAAGUGGUGAGUUCAGCUGAUGUUUUGGAACCAUCAGAAGCCUUUUCAAGGGUAGAAAUUUAUAACUAUUAACCCUCAUAAAGAACUUUUCAAAAAGAUUACCAUGGUAAUUAAUGUGCUUGUAAACCAUGGUUCCAUACAAUUACAAGGUUUUUGGCCACAUAUGCCCAGCACAUUGAUGAAUCUUUUCGGUCAAAGAAUAUUAUUGAAAAGAAUAUUAUUAGGGACUCUCACUCUUCCCUCUAUGAGGGAAUCAAAUUCAAGUCUCAUCCUAUGUGAAGGGAACUUUAUACUGCAGGGUUAAGUGCACUU